UAUUUCUAAUAAACUUAAAUUGUGUUAAACUUUAAAUGGAUACUAUUUUUUUUUAACUAAGAUCUAAACAGCAGCAACAACAACAACACGCUCAUUAAUUAUGCUGCCGUACAAGCAACUAAAAUUAAUUUGGACAAAUUUAUACUGAAAAAAAACGCCCCUCAAAAUUAAAACACAUUAAAAAACUGUACUUUAACUUUAAAAACAAAUAAAUUAAAUAGAAAUUAUUCUCCUGCAACACUUAAUAAAUAAUAGUGUUUCUCUAACACCUAGAACCUGCCUAAAUGAUUGGCACCGAUGAAAUGUCAUCCACUGGCAUGGAUAUUAGUGAGUCCUUUCGUCCGGAGGAUAUAUCGAAAACAGAUUUUUUCGAUUUUGUCACAGCACCCGAUAUGGGUAUUGGCCUAGGAGUCAAUGUUAAUUUACAUCAUAGUCAUCAUAAUCAUCAACAGCAGCAACAGCAGCAGCAACAUCAUCAUCACCAUCAUCAUACGCAACAGCAGCAACAAACACAGCAACAACAUCAACAGCAGCCUCAACCUCCGCUUUCAAUGACACAACAACAGCAACAUCAUCACAGUAAUAAUACACAUCCUCAUCAUGCGUCUCAACACCAACAUCAACAACAACAACACACUUCCAGCACAAAUCGAACAAUGACACAUGAUGGUGGUGGUAGCGGUGGUGGUAAUGGUGGAAAUGUUAGUAUAGGUACUAGUGGCGGUGACAGUCAUAAUGAUGCUAGUGGUUUAAGUGAUGGUAGUUCUGCGAGUACAACAGAUCCAACAUUACAUGGUUAUGAGUUUUGGUCUACAGACAAGGAGCACACUUCUACCAUUUUCGAAGAUUUAGAUCGUUACUGCUGGCAGCAACAAUCAAACACCACUGCCUCUACCAAUACUUCCUCAGCCUCUGUAAUGCAUCAUUCAUCACCUGCCCCUACAUUAAAUCCCUUACACUCGAGUUCAGUGAAUCCUACGUCACCGCAUAAUCAUCAUUCGCCUGCAACACCUGUCACCACACCCACUUCGUUGACCUCAACGCCUGUGCCGCAAACACAACUGAAUAGUGAUGGUACAAUAUCGAAUAUCAUCUCUACCGAUGGCCAAAUUUAUACACUGACAGUAUUAAAUGGUAAUGAACCAUGGUUGAAACGAGAUUCAGAUGCUCACCUUAAUAGUACCUUAGACUUAGAUAGUCUAUUGGGUACAUUUCCAGGUUAUAUAAAAUCUGAAUAUCCUUAUGAUGAUAGUGGUUUUAGCACGGACGGCUGUAAGGAUGUGAAUAAUGAUGCCACAAAUGUUAUGAAUAGUAGUAGUAGUACUGCUGGCGGUGGUGGCAACGGUUCCGGACUUGUUAAUAACCAACGUUUACCUUCUUUGCUUAAUACUAUUUCGGUGGCGAGUAGUGGGGCUGGUAGCGGAAAUGUCUCAAAUGCAAAUGAUAGCGUUUCAACAGCUUUAAGUAUUGGCCAACAAUUAGAUCAGUUUCAUAAUAACAAUAAUGAUUGGCAUAUGACGGAUCAUAAUAAUGAGCAGGAACAAAAAGAUAGUUAA